AUGAAUUUCAGACCAAGAUCACCGUCGCUCAGGAGCGAGAAGGAGGCACGGCCAGGUAGAGCUUCCACUGACGACGAUAUCGAGGCGGCUCAGCCAGCAACCCAUGAUGCCGCUGUUGGCGCAGGCACCGGUUCCGGGAAAGCUGAUGAAGCUCACUCUACUCCUCUCGCCCGAGAACAACAUGCCGGAUCCCAAGCCGAAGCAAAGGGGCACAGUUCUUCAGAUGCUGCCGCCGUAAGCCCUGGGGGCAUGUAUAACCCACGCAGUCUAAGGUUCUGGGCAAUCAUGGGCUGCAAUUUCCUCGCCCUGUUCCUGGUGGCUCUCGACCGAACAAUACUCGCCACCGCGGUGCCCAAGAUAACAGACGAGUUCCACAGCUUGGGUGAUGUCGGCUGGUACGCCUCGUCAUACAUGCUGACCACAUCAGCGUCCCAACUUUUGUUUGGCAGGAUAUACAAGUUCUAUCCUACAAAAUGGACGUUUCUUAUUUCCAUCGUCGGUUUUGAGAUUGGUUCUGCCAUAUGUGGCGCAGCACCCAGUUCAACCGUCUUCAUCGUGGGAAGGUCCAUUGCUGGCCUAGCGUCCGCCGGCAUAUUCACAGGAUGCAUGCUGAUGUUUAUGAUGGUGCCGUUGCACAAGAGGCCCAUGUUUCAAGGCCUUUUCGGAAUGACGUUUGGCCUUGCCUCAGUCAUGGGCCCCUUGGUCGGUGGCGCCUUCACAGGGACAGUGACUUGGAGGUGGUGUUUCUACAUGAAUCUGCCAAUCGGACUUGUGGCCUUCGUAUGCAUGAUCUUGUGGUGGACUCCACCCGAGAAACGGACGGAGCCGGCGCCGCUCCUCACGCAUUUCAAGCGUCUCGAUCCACUCGGAACCUUCUUCUUCCUGCCCGCCGUUGUUUCGCUUCUGUUGGCAUUGGAAUGGGGCGGCUCGACCUAUUCGUGGAACAGCGGUGUCAUCAUCGGUCUCUUCGUAGCAUGCGCAGUUUUGGUCUCGGCAUUUGUGGCCGUUCAGAUUCUGCGCCCCGAGACGGCCACGAUCCCGGCACGAGUAAUCACCCAGCGGAGUGUCUUGUUUGCGACCGUCUUUACCUUUUUUAUCGCAGGCGGGAUGCUCAUGUGCGUUUACUUCCUCCCGAUAUGGUUCCAGACAGCCCAAGGGGUUGAUCCACUGCGCUCGGGAAUAUACACAUUGCCGCUGGUGCUCUCACUAGUUGUUUCGAGCGCCAUGUCGGGCAUUUUUACGUCAAAGAUCGGCUACUAUAUGCCCUCGAUGCUGCUAUGUCCGGUCAUCAUGGCAAUCGGCGAGGGUUUGAUGAGCACAUUCAGCCCAACCACGGACUCGGGCCAUUGGAUCGGUUUCCAGUUUCUCACAGGAUUUGGUCUGGGCUUUGGCAUGCAAACCGGAGGCUUGGCAAUCCAGACUGUCCUGCCCAUGGCUGACGUCUCGACCGGAAUCGCAAUCAACAUGUUCGCCCAGCAGCUAGGAGGUGCUGUGUUCACCUCGGUUGGGCAGGCAAUCCUGAGUAAUGUUUUGGUGAGGCAGUUGGUGGGCGUCGAUGGGCUGCAGGCUGAGGAAAUUAUCAAGGGAGGCAUCACCAACCUUCUAAGUCAUGUGCGCCGCGAAGAACGAAGCUUGGUUAUAAGCGCAUACAACUUCGCCUGUACUAGGAUUUUCUUGGCUGCCAUGGGGCUCAGUUGCUGUGCCCUCCUAUGCGCUUUCUGUAUGGAGUGGAGAAGCAUCAAGAAGCCGCACUCAGACAACGGUGUCCCUCAAGAUGCAAACGGCAACACAGCCCCAGCUUUACUCGUCAAGGAGGGGGCCAUGCCCGAUACCGAUUCCGUUCCAGACACCGAGCGGGACGCUACCAGCAAUAAAGAAUUCACGGAGACCACACGACAUAGAGAUGCUAGAUCAGGAUUGGAGCCGGGAGCCGUCAACAGCAACACAGCAUCGGAGGCUAGCUUCGCAGACACGCCCAUGAACCGUCACUCACUCGGGCACAAGGAAAUCCCUAUCAUCGCGAAGCACACCAACGGCCUUGUGAUAGGCGUCGUGCCGUAUGCAGAAAGCCCAACCGAUGAAUCGACGGAGGACCAGUUCUUUUCUGAAGAUACUCAGUCGGACCCAGCACCGAUGACAUUGGCAGAGAGAGAGACAGAGACAGAGAGAGAGAAAGAGACAGAGGCAGAGAGAGAGAACGAGAUAGAAGCAGAGAGAGAGAAAGAGACAGAGGUAGAGAGAAGGAAAGAGACAGAGGUACAGAGAGAGACCGAGGCAGGGACAGGGACAGGGACAGGGACAGGGACAGAGGCAGAUGCGGAUGCAAAGGCAGAGGCACAGGAAGACGGCAGUGAUGGUGACAGCUUCGUGACAGUGACAGAGGAUACUAACCUGGAUGGGCAAGCCACAGACCAGGGAGAAGUAUCCAAAGACCAAGGAGAAAUAGCCAAAGACCAAGGGGACAUGCUGCCUCGCGGCAGCCUAGAUCUGCUUUUCCUACUCACACCAGCGGUGCAGAAGAGCAGCGGGAUGGACAUGAAGCCAGAGGAAUCGGAAAAAAUGCUGGAUCACAGGCAGGCAUGA